CACAAUUAAAUCCAAAUAAUGCUGUGACUUACCAUGUUAAUUUAGUUACUUGUAAUUAUAUUUUACAACUCAUAAUUUUACCUUACAUAAUCAGAGUAUGUAGAAGAUAGGUGACAUAUGAUUAUAAAAAGAGUUGUGUGUGGCACAGGUCAGCGCGGGACUAUGGUACUCUCUCGUGCUGGGCGACUAACUCCGUGGGCACCCAGGCUGACCCCUGCAUGUUCACCGUGGUGGAGGCAGGCCCACCUGAGCGUGUAGGGAGCUGCGUGCUGGUGAACUUGACGGUUGGCACCCUGGAGGUGGGGUGCACUCCUGGUAACGAUGGCGGACUUCCCCAGCGCUUCGUUGCGCGAGUGUACACUUCCCCCAGCCACACUCUGUUAGCCACCAUAGAGGAACAGGAGCCCAGGUUUCAUGUGGAGGGUCUCACUCCCGGCCAGGACUAUCUUAUCACCAUCACCGCAGUCAACGCUAAGGGCGCCAGCGAGCCCGAGGAGAUUGAUGCCAUCCGUCUCAAGGUAGCGGAGAAGAGGAUGGGAGACGUGUCAGCGCCGCCCGUGUCUCCCCUGGUGGGUGUGUUCCUGGGACUAGUCGGUGGCUUUGUGUUGCUGCUGGUGGCUGGUAUACUGCUCACCCGGGUGCGCUCCAACAAAUGCAACUGUAUCCGGCACGGGGACAGAGACGUGGGUGUGGGAGGAGGUCAGCCCACAGCAGCUUCCAAAAUGUGUUCGAGUGGGCGCGACCACGCCUCCCGUAUUUCUCACGAUGAUGAUGACGACGAUGAUGAUGAUGAGGACGGUCCUGACGUAGUUAAAACCGCCAACGAAACAGCACAGCUCCUGGAGGGGCAAAAAUGUCCUGAAAUCGUUCCGACGAGAAGAUCGCAAUCGUACACACAUACUACGGUGAUAGGCGCGUCAGGGUCUAGUGAAGGACCUCAACUCACACCCAACGGCACUGGUGGUCGAGCCUUGUACAGGGACGCAGGCAGUCCUCAUCACCUAGGUCGUGACGAGAGCUUUGUAUAACUGGGACCUCAUCACUAUUGGUUCCUGAAUGUACAGCGCCGCCCGUAAUUCCUGUAGGAAGCUGAUCAGUUUUGCUACACCUUAAAUAGAGGUCAGACAAAUCAGCUAUACCUGGAGCAGAGGUCAGGCUGAUUAACCAUACCUGUAGCACAUGUCAGGGAGACUACCAGCUUCACCUAGAUCGGAAGUCAGUGAGGAUAUUCUGGUCAGUCAGUUAUUCUGGCCACCGACCACACCUGAAGGUCGUAGACAACAUCUGAGUAACGUUAGCACACUUAUAGGCUUUUCGCCAAAUGUGCAGGUCACCGGCUUCACUAGGAUCAACAGUAUCGAUCGCCAGAAUGCUGUUUCAUUCCUUAAACACAUUGUUGUGGGAGGUAUUCAGCAGUAUCGACAAGAGUGUCAAAACUUUCCACACACAGCCAGGAUGAAAGCUGCCUUGAUGAAGGGUCGCCCCAUCUGGCAACACGAAAUGUAACUUAGUGUAAAUGUAACGCUGA